CUAAAAUGAGCACAGACGUACAUAGAUUUAGUUCUGUUGAAAUAAAUAAUAUCCUAAGGUAGUUAUAAGGUCCAGUUCAUCGUACUGACAAGUAACCGAGUAGAUACGCGGAACGAAAUAAAACUUUAAGCUGCCUUCUGCUGUUUAUUCCUUCAGGUGAAAAAAUGAACAUUUUACUGAAGGAAAUACGAAACCACAGUUCGAGCGCAGCGGAGAAACUUGAACAUGCUGAUUGCCGCACAGACGCUGAGCUCCAAUCUCUCACUAGAGAAGACCUGCAUGAGCUUUUUCCUGGAGCUGAGAAGCUAAAGCUGAGGAAGAGCAUCUUUGAAAUAAUAAACAAACAGAAACCUGUUAAGAAGCUCCUGGAGGAUCUUAGAGGUUUCAUCCCAGAUGAUUUUAUAAGGGAUGCCCUAACCAGCAAUGGUGUGUUGGUUGACUACCUCUAUCUCCUGAAGGACAUGAAGACUCAGCUGAACAAUGUGCAGAGUUUCCUUGAAGCACACAUUGGUUUAUUGGAGGACAUCAAAGCUCAGCCACAGCAGAAAUGUGAUCAAAGUCAAGCUAAGGUGCUGGUUGGUGCAACAGCUUCCACACAUGACCCAAGAGAAGCUAUUUCACAAAACUCUCAAGAGAACCAAAGUUCUUGGAUUUUUGGGUCACCGAGCUUUGACUUAUAUGGUCGUUCCCAGAUUGCAAAAGUGACAGUGAAGUACAAGAUGGUGGUCAGCGGUAAAACAUUUGAUGCCCAUCUUCAGAUCCUGGAACAACUUAAGCGCUCAGCGCAGCAGCUGAACUUGGUAGAGAGCAAUGACGACUGCCAGAUUGUUUUUGUCUUCUGUCCCAUUGUUUCACGUAUAGGGACAGAUGUGGAAGUAGCCAUGAAAAUGGUUACAGGAUACGAACCUGUCAUGCUUGUUUUGAUGCAUCAUGCUCACGAAGCAAAACAUGUUCCCACGAUGGCAACCUGGUACUGCUCCCCUAACAUUUUGCAGCAUUUCAAUGUUUUCUAUCAUGAGAAAAUGAGAGGAUUAAUUACCUGCAAAGAAAAUGAUGUCGCCAUCUCUGCAAUACAAAAUGAAUUAAUAAAACCUAAACAUCCGUCCGUUGGAUCUCAAAGUGAUAAUAAAGUCAGUAGUUUAUUUGCAGGGUUUUUUCGAAGAGAUAACAGCUCAUAGCUGGCAGUGGUUGUGCUGGUUGUGAUUAUAACAACCAAACGUGUAAACAGUUAGGCAAGGAAAACUAAUUCAGAUCUGCCGGUCCUCAUACAAGUUGUGGAUGGAUAACCAGUUUAAAGUUAAAUCAAUGUUGAUAUUUAAAGUUCAUUCUCUGUCUUUUAUUACAUAGUGUUUUUGUAUUCAAUAUGUCUGGCUUUUGUCUAAAAGCAAUAAAAAUGAUUAAACUGCAAAUGUGUCAGGGAAGAAAGCUGCAUGUUUGUGUAAAUGCUUGUGACAUACUCAAGGCUAUAAACAGUGAUUUUAAUUCACCAAAUAAACCAUAAAUAUCACAAA